UUCCCGUAAGAUCAAUUUCAGAGCGAUAAAGACAUCGAGGAAUAAUCACGGUGCAAGUUGAUACAAGGACAGGAAGCGAUCAGAUACACAGCUUUGUAACUUUCAGCCUUUUUUUAAUUAAAAAGGCGGUGUAUGUUAAACGGGAAAAAAGGACACUGAACUGGGAUCGUUUCUAUAAGAAUAACUUGUAACUUUUUUUCUUCAGAUAAGCAAAUAGGCUACGACAUCAUUACACACCAGCAAUACAAGUUAUCGGACUUUUAAAACCAUCGGUUUCUGAUUUUUCUACAGCAAGUAAUCUUAAGAGGACAUUAGGGCCAGGAAGGAUGGAAUCAGGCGGCAAGCAAGUCACGUUGCAGCUGAUGCUGGCUGUAGGAGCGGCUGUGAUUGGGUCCCUGCAGUUUGGGUACAACACUGGAGUGAUCAACGCCCCUCAGUCGGUCAUUGAAUCCUUCUACAAUGAUACCUGGUUUGACCGAUACCAGGAGCCCAUUCCUCCAACCUCCCUCACCACCCUCUGGUCUGUCUCUGUCGCCAUCUUCUCAGUCGGGGGCAUCUUUGGAUCUUUCUCUGUCGGACUUUUUGUCAACCGCUUUGGGAGGCGGAACUCCAUGCUGUUUUCCAACUGUCUGGCCUUCAUCGCUGCUGCUCUGAUGGGCUUCUCGAAGCUGGGUGCCUCCUGGGAGAUGAUAAUCAUUGGCCGCUUUGUGGUGGGACUGUACUGCGGGUUGACCACUGGCUUUGUGCCCAUGUACGUGGGUGAGAUUGCACCCACUGCCCUCCGGGGGGCGCUGGGCACCCUCCAUCAGCUGGGCAUAGUCAUCGGGAUCCUCAUGGCACAGAUUUUCGGGAUGGAGGAGAUUAUGGGCAGUGCCUCUCUCUGGCCUGUCCUGUUGGGUUUCACCUUCAUCCCCGCCGUGGUGCAGUGUGCCAUCCUCCCCUUCUGCCCCGAGAGUCCUCGCUUCCUGCUCAUCAUCCGCAAUGAGGAGAACAAGGCAAAGAGUGUUCUAAAGAAGCUGCGUGGCACGACGGACGUGGGCGCUGACAUGCAGGAGAUGAAGGAUGAGAGCAGGCAGAUGAUGAGGGAGAAGAAGGUGACCAUCCCUGAGCUGUUCCGCUCACCGCUGUACAGACAGCCCAUCCUAAUCGCCAUCGUGCUGCAGCUCUCCCAACAGCUGUCAGGAAUUAAUGCUGUGUUCUAUUACUCCACUGAUAUCUUCAGGAGAGCCGGAGUGGCACAGCCAGUGUAUGCCACCAUCGGUGCUGGAGUCGUCAACACUGCGUUCACCAUCGUUUCGCUCUUCAUAGUGGAGCGUGCCGGCCGUAGGUCUCUGCAUCUCAUUGGACUUCUAGGCAUGGCAGGCUGUGCUGUUCUGAUGACCAUAGCGCUGGCUCUGUUGGAAAAGGUGGCCUGGAUGUCCUAUGUCAGUAUCGUGGCAAUCUUCGGCUUCGUGGCUUUCUUCGAGAUUGGCCCCGGACCCAUCCCCUGGUUCAUAGUGGCCGAGCUGUUCAGCCAGGGGCCCCGGCCCUCUGCCUUUGCUGUGGCUGGCUUCUCCAACUGGACGGCCAACUUCAUCGUGGGCAUGGGCUUCCAAUAUCUUGCGGAAUGGUGUGGGGCCUAUGUCUUUGUCAUCUUCACCGUCCUGCUUCUGGUAUUUUUCGUGUUCACCUACUUCAAAGUGCCGGAGACCAAGGGCAGGACGUUCGACGAGAUCUCGGCCGGGUUCCGCCAAGGCUCGGGCUCCAACCCCAGCGAGAAGCACUCCCCUGAAGAGCUCAACAGCCUGGGCGCUGACUCCCAGCUUUAAUCCCUCACUGUCCCCGGGCUUACUAAACACAAGAAACAGCACCACAGAAGAGCGGACUUCCUAUCUGUAUGUCUGAGUGAUUGUCUACACUGCUGGUAGAUUGAGACUUGCUGUCAUGACAUUUCUGGGGAAAAGAAGGGGUUUGUCCACACUAUUUUUUUUGGCAUACGUGUGGGAAGGGUGAGGCUGAGAGUGGUUGUGUAGUGGGUUCUCAUUUUUACUGCAAUUUAUUGCUGUUGUAUAACCUCAGCUUUGCUGGCUGCUUUUAUACAACCAUCAGAAUUUGUCAUGUAAAAUUGCUGCCCGUUCAUCUGUGGUUACAGAAAGUCAAUCUUCAGAUUUAAGUCAUCAGGAUUUUGAAGAAUUAAAAAAAAAAAAAAAAAAAGGCAAAGGCUGACCCCUCCUCUACCUUUCCCCUAGUGCAAGGACACUUGAGUAUUCACAAGAAUCUACAAACCCCACCCCUUUCCAACGAUUGGCUCAAAUGAUUUGUCGUGGUAACUGUUACAUUCCGAGUUUAUAGGGAAAUAUGUUUAAUGUCAUGGGCUGGACUGAUAGCCUUACGGUUACAGGCACCUACUGCUAAUAGCAAUGGCAUGUUUUUUUGUGCUGUUUUAAAGUUUCAUGUUAUGCAAAUAUCGUUUUUAUAAAAGUCGGACAUUGCGUUCCUGAAAGGAGGAAUUAACGAAUGUUAUUGUUUUUAUUUUUUAUAGCUGUAUGUAGAUAGAUAUAUACAUACGCUUUUAUGAUGAACCCCAUGCAUUUUUUUCUGGACUAGAAAAUGGCAUGAACACGCAAGAGAUGAUAGUGUCAGACUCUUUCAGCAGAACUGUAGUUCAUCACAUUGCUAUGUUUGCAGCUCUUUAGAAAACACACUAGCCCAGCUUUCCUUUGUAGUGCUAAUAGAUGAGCCAUACAUUUUUCUAUAGAUUUUAUAAGUGCAGAGUAUUUUUUAAUACAUUUUUUAAAACAAUUCAUCCUCCCUCUACCUGCGCCAAGUCUCUAAAAUCAAUCUCUUAUAUUCAAACCCCUUAUUUUUGUGCUCUUUUGGUUUUUCAUUUUUUUUAAAAUGUGAUGUGGGAUAUAAAUAUAACAAGAGAUACAAUGUAAACUGUCUGAUUGAUAUCCUGUGCUUUAGGUCAACCUCACUCUCAUAACCUGCAGUCAGCAAUAGCAGCAGCAGAAGUUUACAUGUUUAUAGCGUUGCCCUUGAUACAUCUGCAGAAAAGUGAACUACCAAAACAGAAUGGGGGAGGGUAUGAUAUCAUAUAAUAAAGGUAAUACUGAUAAUAAGAACAUUGAUUUGAAAUCCUUGGCUAUUACGGAAACCCCAAAAUGUGUCUGGAAAACUUUGUGAUGGGGUGAGGCACCGAUGCUGUUUUUAAAUGUUUCAAAAUGAGCAAUAAUGGAAAAUAGACAAUCCAUCACGAAUAUUAUAUCAAAAUUAAAAUCAUGCUAAAAAUAAACAGAAAGUGAAAAUGUAAAACCCUAAUAAACCAUGCAGUACUCUUACACGCUGCCCUAAAAUACACCAGCAGAAAUCCCAAGAACUCACAAACACACCACAAAACCGUUUCGCAGUGGUGUCUCUCUUGCGUGAAACUCUACAACUAUACACACCAGUAUCCUAUUUCAUUUUCUAUUGAAUUGAUCCUGCUGUAUGAGGGCUUUUUUUUUUCUUUUUAAAGCAGCCUAUUUCUCACUGAAAGCUAAAGUUUGCGUGAGUUUUAUGGGGCAGGGAUGGCAAAAUUCCAGUACAGUCAGUAUUAUAUUUUAAUAAUAAUAAUAAUAAUAAUAAUAAUAAUAAUAAUAAUAAUAAUAAUAAUAAUAAUAAUGUUAAUAAAUUAAAAACAGGACUCGUUUAGGAAUGAAAUAUCAUAUUUCAAGCGAGUAUCCUAGAUUGUACAUUUUAAUUUUUAAUUUUUAUUUUAAAGUAAUAGGUUACAAAACGUUACAGGUAGUUUCUGUAAGUGGGGCCUAUAUAAAAUGUUAUUGUACUUUCCCUCCUUGAAGAAGUAGCUCCAGAUUAUGGACUACAAUUCCCACAAUUCUUUGUAAGUAGUCAACUUCUUUGAAAUUUGAACACUUGCUACCUCAGUAGCACAGCAAAACAAAAAAAGGAAUACAAUCUCGGAAUAAAUAAACAAUGUGAGUGAAUGUAAAUCUCCUUAAAUUUGAAACGGAUUGCAUCUUAUCAGGACAAAAGUGAAUGUGGAUUCCAGCUUUGAUCAAGCUUUGGGGGUUGGCAUUAGGACAUAAUUGUAGCGCUUGUGUUCGUAACUAAUGCAGCUCAAGAUGCACAGCUGUCCUCUUAGAUUUGCCUUUCUUGUAAACAGGCAUUGAUCAGACAUAAAACUGUGUCUGGCAUGAACACACGGUAUAGGAAAGCAUGCUUCUGUACUGCAGCUGCAUUCCAAUGAAGGUCAGUUUGUUUUAAAUCUGCAAACCUGCAUUCCAUGCAAGUGCUGCUGAAGUCUGAGUGACACAAACAUGCAUCUCUUACAGCAGUAUUGCAGCUGCGCUAUAAUUCUGAAUUCAAUUAGACAUUAGUCAAGAAUUUCAAUCAAAAUGUCAUUUAAAUUAGGAACGUGGAGUUAAUGUUAACUGCUCAUUGUAUACCUUUUAAUCUAUUCAUAUUGUGACCAUAAUGAAAUUUACAUUUCUUAGGCUUACAAAUCAUUUUUAUAUUGAAGGGUUAAUAAGUAAUAUGUAAGUGUUCAUAGUUCAAACAUUGUAUAAUACCUUUAAAUACAGCAUACUUUUAUAAAACACCAAAUUCAGCAUCUAGUAUACUGUACACAAUGUAACAAAGGCUUUGUUUUUGCAGUUUUUUCUUAAAUAAUAUGCAAAUGUUAGACAGCUAUAACUAAAACACACAAAUCAAACAGGCUUCGUUUUCAAAAAAAAAAGGCAUCAAAAUGUUAUCUAAUGGACAGGCUAAGAACUUCUGGUUUGAUCAGAGCAAUCUUUCCGAAAUCCGAUUGUAUUCAAAAGGAACCCUCC